AUGGGAAAAGGAGUACUAUUCGGCGGCGGUAAACCGCCGAAAAGUGCGUCUCUGAUGGGAAACGACGAGCAACACGAAACGUACAAAUUGGAACAGAAGGAGAGAUUUUACGCGUCGAGAAGAAGAGGAGGAGAAGAAGAAGAAGAGGAGAAAACUCGAGCGCGGAAGAGAAUUACGAAGAGCAUCAAGCGAGGCGCGUUCACCGGGUUGACCCUGAAAGGCGGCGUGAACGUGUUCGCGGUGCUCUCGAGAUAUUUGCGAGGAAAAACGACGAGAGAACAGUUGAAAGCGAGAGAGGCGUUUGAAGACGCGGUGAAGUUUAGUGUGUUCGUGGGGUCGUUCGCGGGCGCGUACGUGACGUCGGACGAAGUUCUCGCGUGGAAGUUUGGCGCGGAGAAGACGAAACGGUACCGAGCGUUCGUAUCUGGGGUGGUGGCGUCGCCGAGUUUUCUCUUGGCCGGCGCGAAGCCGAACUAUUCGUUGGCGUCGUAUCUUUCGCUGAAGGCGUUGGUGUUGAUGAGUCGGGUAGGCGCGAAAAGUGAGAACGAACGGGUCAGAAGUUUAUUUCGGGUGGCGAAUUGGGAACACGCGGACGUGGCGGUGGUGACGGGCAGUGCGGUAGUUAUUUUGGGGUGUUUUAUUUUGAAACCAGAGGCGGUGAGAGGCGCGUACGGCGCGUUUUUAGAUCGACACUGCGGCAAGACGAAAAGGCAGGUGGAAGCGUUGAGAGAGUUGUGUUUUCUACCUGAAAACGAUCCAGAAGGCAAAGGGGAAGAGAUGUUUCGCGAGUAUUGUGAGAGAACGGCGAUUGUGUUGAAUAAAACUGGGUCGUUGAGCGCGGCGAAAAAAGACGAAAUGUUGAGAGCGAUUCAAAGAGGAGGAGGAGGAGGAGGAGGAGUAAAACUCCCAUACUCGAGAGACGCCGUGUACAGGAAGUUUUUCAUGAACGAUGCGAAUCCAAUCGAGCAUUUUCUCGCGUUCGUAAAAAACUCGUGGGGAACCUCUUUCAUCAGCCACGUUCCGAUUUACGUCUUCCCUGCGAUUCUCUUACACCGAGAGAAACUGUUGAAAGAUCCCAAGUUGCUCGGCAAACUUUUCGCCGGCAUCGCGCGGUCGUCGUUGUUCUUAACCGUGUAUUGCGCAUUGGCUUGGCAAGGUCCGGACGUGCUCGGCCGUUUGACGAAAAAAGUCACGCCAACGACCUUAGUUUGUGGCGUCCCACUCGCUGGUGCGGCGACGUUCAUAGAAAAAAAAUCCCGCCGCGGUGAACUCGCGACGUAUUGUCUCGACAAAUCCUUGGAAUCCGUCGUCAUCUCCAUGCUCUCCUGGGGAUACAUCCCUAAAUCCUGGAAAGACAAACGACUGGACGUCCUCCUCUUCGCGUUUGCCGCCGGUACCAUAUGCAUGUGUUACGACCGCAAGCGUGAAUCCUUCCGCUCCAACUACUUGAACGUCUUCGAUUUCAUCCUCGGCAACCGCGGCCACUCGAGACAUAAAAUUCGACACGUCGGCUCGUACGAGAUUUUAUUCCAACCGCCCUCGGUGGUUGAUUUAGACGCUUUGCUCCUCGACAAUACUACUAACACUAACGAUGCGAGUUUUGUAGAUAAUAAAAAGAGUGCGGUGAAGUCGCGUUUGAGUGAAGGUAAAGGAAUAGCAAACUAG